AUGACGACAUCCACUGUAUAUAAGCCCUGCGGCUCAGCCACUCUCACUUCCAUACUCAUAACCCACCACUCUCUGUCACUGGAACCACUGUGGAAACUCAUGACAUCCGGAACUGGCAAAGACAGUCAGACAAUGCGCGCAGUGGUGUACGACAAGGCGUUCGAGGUGAACGUUAAGGAUGUGAAGAAGCCCACGAUUGAGCAUCCCGAAGACGUCAUCGUGAAAAUUACGACGACGUGUAUCUGCGGCAGUGACCUGCACAUGUACGAGGGACGCACCGCCGCGGAGGCAGGGAUGAUCUUGGGACACGAGAAGUGUGUGGUGGUCCCUCCGUUCUGCUUCAGAGUCCUAAUCCAUCGCAGCCUCGGUAUCGUUGAUCAAGUCGGCAGUGCAGUCACACUGCUCAAGGAAGGUGAUCGGGUCGUGCUUCCCUUCAACAUCGGGUGUGGCCGCUGCCUCAACUGCGAAGAGGGGAAGACAGGCUUCUGCACGACUGUAAACCCCGGAGCGGCUGGAGGCGUCUAUGGAUACGUUGCCAUGGGUCCGUUCUCCGGUGGCCAGGCGGUAGGAUCAGGACAAACUACGGACUCUCCCAUUCUUACUGCUCCUCAGGAAUACCUUCGUGUACCAUUCGCCGACUUCAACGCCUUGCAGCUCCCGCAAGGCUCCGAGCACGAAGACGACUUUGUUCUGCUCGCUGACGUCUGGCCCACCGGCUGGCACGGUGUGGAGCUCUCCGGCUUCAAGUCUGGCGAAUCGAUUGCCGUCUUCGGGGCCGGUGCAGUGGGUCUGAUGGCUGCGUACUCAGCCCUGCUGCGCGGCGCGUCGGCAGUUUAUGUCGUUGAUCGCGUCCCCGCCCGGUUGCAUAUAGCUCAAGAGAUGGGAUGCGUCCCGAUCGACUUCACGGCUGGGGAUCCUGCCGAUCAGAUUGUAAAGCUGCGCAAGGGGAAGAUGGUCGAUCGUGGUGUCGAUGCUGUUGGGUAUCAGGCCAAUUCCCACGAUGGAAAGGGCGAGCAGCCGAAUGCUGUGCUCGAUGCGCUUAUUCGGGUUGUCCGUCCCACGGGCGGACUGGGCGUCCCUGGCCUGUACUUGCCGAUUGCACCCGGCUCGGCAGACAAGAAUGCUGAGCAUGACGUCACAAGACAGAAUGAAUAUCGUGUUGUCACUCAGUAUAUCACAGGCAAAUUUUUUGAAAAAGGGUUGUCGAUGGGCAGCGGGCAGUGUGAUGUCAAAAAAUACAAUCGCUACCUGCGGGACCUCAUCAUCUCGGGACGCGCAAAGCCCAGCUUCAUCAUUUCACAUCACAUCUCACUCGACGAGGCUCCUGAUGCUUACAAUAAGUUCGACAAGCGCGAGGAGGGAUACACGAAGGUGUUGAUUCAUCCCUCGCGACUGCGGGCCAACAUCCCUCUUACAGUUCUAUUGCAGCCACCCAUGUUGUUCAUCUCUGCUGUUCUCGGUGCGAUCGUCGGUGCGAACGCUGCUGCGGUGACCUCGUCCUUCAUCGACGUUGGCACUGUCAGAACCACCGCAGCGGUGAUUUCGAUCAGCCCUUUGGCUCCCGCCGUUUCUAGUGGAGUCAUCACCUCCACCGCAGUUCCUUCGGCACCCACGGGCGGAUAUACGGUGCUCGGUGUCUACACGACUUGCAUUGCGGUGACGUUCGAUGAUUCUGCUGCGCCGGCUGCUACGGGUGGCGAGUCCGUUGCUAGCACGAGUACCGUCUCUGGCUUUCAGACCCCCUCUCUCUCUGUCCUCCCCGCUCCCACCACCACGGUCACCGGGCAUGAAAUUACCGCUUCGCUGGUCACUGCGCCGAUUGUCAGUGUGACUGCGUCUCCGACCACCGCGAUCUCUAGUAGCUCCACUUGGUCUACCUCAGCAGUACUCGGGAACGAGCCCGUUGUCUUCACCACUUGUCUGGUGUUCCUUCCCACCGCUACCACCUCGGCCAUCAGCGGCAGUGCAACAUCAUCGCUCAUCAGUGUCACCGCUGUGUUCUCGACUUCGAUCGAGCUCGCGAGUGCGACCACUUCGCUCUGA